AUGCCGCCCCAUUGCUCCCAGAUGACAGGCUUGUCAGUCGCAGCCCUCCCUGAUUGGAAGGGCGUCACGUGCCCCUAUUGCGGGGAAGGCACUCUUGGCCCUCUGAAGCACUACGCCGAUUCGAAUGGAGGGUGGGCCUGCCGCUGCAAUAGCAAGGAGUGCAAGCGCCGCGUGCUGCCGCACGCUUUCCACUCCAUCUUCAAGUGCGGUACGGGGCAGUCGCACGUGAGCUUGGCAGAUCAAGCUUCUGUGCUCUUCUGCUCGAUUGCGAAAUGCUCGCAGACUUCCGUGCGUUUUCUCUUGCAGAAGAAUCAUGCGCUCACGGAGAGCAUCUACGAGUCCUUGCACGCGGUGCGCGCCAAGAGCGUGGUCCAGCACGAGAAGAACAUCAAGUUCGGUGCCGACUUGCCUUGGGAGGACGUAGAAGCCGACGAAGUGGACAUCGCCAAAGGAGAAGACCCCAACACAGACGCUGCGACUGACAAGCCCGUCAUCUGGGAGCAAUGGGGCGGCAUGGUUCAGCGCGGCGACCAGAAACCCCUCGUCUUGUUCAAACUGGACCCAGCGAAGACAAAGAUGCGGGCGCCAGGCCCAGGCCCGAUCCGCAAGCGCGAUUGGAAGCCUCUGGCCUACAAGUGGAUCACCCACCACGAUGUUCCAGAUGACAGCAAGCCCAACAAGACCAAGCGCGUUUGGGUUAAAGCUGGCACCCAGAUCAUCGACCGCAUCUGGGGCGAGCCGCGGAAACACUUAGGGAACAAAAAGACAGUGAACACCAAGGCGCUGACCAACAAGAUCCGCUCCUACCAGUGGUUGUACUGGCACAGGGGCGAGGGUUUGUGGCUGGCAACAGGGAAAAUGCUGGAGGAGGCCUUUCUCAAGGAGCACUGCCAGUGA